CCGGGAAACCCUAGUGCUCGGCACGAACCAGCUAUAAAUCCCAUCCCACCGCGUCUCCCCAAACCCUAGAAGCCCCCUGCCUCCUGCGCCUCCACUUCCAUCCAAAGAUCGCAGAUCCGCUCCGGUGAGAAUCCGUCGCCAUGUCUUCCAGCGAGGUCGCCUGCACCCUUGCCGCCCUCAUCCUCCACGAUGACGGGAUCCCCAUCACUUCUGAGAAGAUCGCGACGGUGGUGAAGGCUGCCGGGAUCAAGGUUGAGGCCUACUGGCCAGCGCUCUUCGCCAAGCUCCUGGAGAAGAGGAGCGUCGAUGACCUCAUCCUCUCCGUCGGAUCUGGUGGAGGUGGUGCUCCAGCUGCUGCUGCUGCCCCGGCUGCUGGUGGUGCUGCUCCCGCUGAAGAGAAGAAAGAAGAAAAGAAGGAGGAAGCUAAGGAAGAGAGCGAUGAUGACAUGGGCUUCAGCUUGUUUGACUAAGCAGUGCAAUUCCAGUUCUCCUUUGGAAUCUGCUAUCCUAAAGACCCUUCUUAUGUGCUUUUAGGUCGAAUUUUGAAGAUUUAAUAUGUUAUUCUGUUUGGGACCUAAGUAUCUGUGCAAUGUUUACCGCAAACCUCCUUGAGAUGGUAUUGUUAGAAUUAAAAUGUGCCUUAAGCUUUCUUGA